UCUUUCCAUUUCCAGCCUUCACUGAAGUUUUGAGGAAAUCUGACGUUUGAUCAUUACUGAUGAGUUGGCCGGAAAAAAAACAAGACUUGGCCAGGAAGUGUUGGUCUGUCAAUGAUAGGAGAAUGUCGCUGGGUGUUGCAAUGUUUUCCUUAUCGCCAUUGGACUUCCGCUCCGCCGCUCAAAGCUGCCGCUGCUGCGUCUCCAGACACUUCCUGCACCGAGCUACAGUUUUCAGAGCAAGCGACUCUCGUCGUGAGGGGGGAGACAAGAUGAGGAAUAAAGAUCUUUGGGAGGGAACGUGAGGCUUGACUCAAGGACAUUACCAUGACAUAGACAAAUGAAAAGAGCCCACCUGGAACUGUCUCCUUGUUUGUCUUUUGUUAGGUUUCUGUUUUUAUUUUUUCGUUGUCUAGUCUCCACCUGUCUUACCUGGUGUUUACACUCUCCUUGUGGAGAACAGAUAAUGAAAUAGUAUGCAGGAGUAUUUGUUUGCAUGAAACUUUAAUGUAUCACACUACUGUCUAGAGGACUGACCUAGUCACUCCUCGUGUCUGCCUCCUAUAUCACAGAGAUUAAAGAUAGCAAUAGAGGUAUCAAAGGUCUUGAAAAAAGUCUGCACUUAUCAUAUCAUUGCAGGAAUUGAUUACGUUUCGGCCAGCACUUACCAUCCAACAUACUCUACCGAAUUCUUUACUUGUGCUUUAAUUUAAUUGUUGUAGCCUUCUUGUUUAAACAAGGUGUGUUUGUUUUUCUUAUUCACACUUAAUGGAUCUAUUUUUCAAUGCAACCAAGAAUUUUAGUUUUGUCCAUUUGUGUAAUUAUUUAAAGUUUUAUUGUUAAUGUAGAGGAGCUGCUCAGCUGCCUAAUAUUGUUAUCGCAAUAGGCGGCUUUAAGUUGUAAUGUAAACAUUCUUUUUUUUUUUUUUUUUUACUUAUGCGAUCUUUGUGAAGAACAAUUUUGCUUACAUUACUUAUCUUGUAGUGGGAAAAUAUACAUUUUUAAGUUUUAUUGUCUUUGAAUAUGUUGAAGUAUUGCUCAUUUUUCCACUGGCAGUAAACUGUAGAAGCUGAUGGCUCUUCAGAUCAAACUGAUGGGAGCUUUCUAACUGUGACACAAAGACUGAUCUUCAGCAGUUUCCAUCUUCACUGGAUAAAUACUCUAAACAGAACAACCUUUGAACUGGAGUUUCCUUCUCAAAUGAAGACAUACCUCUUUAAUAGACAGAUGGAAACAAACUAAGAGCAGAUUUUUUUGUGUGACAUUGUCUCUUGAAUCCAAACACUGACGAGGCAGAAUGAUUUUGAGGAGAUUUCAGGGAUAAAGCUCUCAGACUGACAUCCAGAUACAUUUUGAUUUUCCCUCCAAAUCGUACGAGAGCUGCCGAAUUCCACAAGCCUCUAACUGUAGAAAAUACGACCCUAAAGCUUGUUAAACCAACUUUUUCCUGUAAAAGCCUUGUCCACUUCAGCAGUGAGGAUGCGAUCUCCUGAACCAUCUUCACCUUGCACAGCAGAAGCCCUCCUUCAUGGCCAGUUUGCCAGCUGGGAUUCAGGCAGCAACAGCAACAAUAACAGCUGCCCCAACAGCCCUGGUGGUCCGGGGAGACUCUCCCCCGCUGCCUCCCCUACUCCGGCUCCAGCCUCCAACUAUGCCUUGACCCUCACCCACACCCAUAUACAUAUCCAGCGGCUGUCACCACGGUUGGGGAAGGAAGCCCGUCUCUUGCUGCCUUUAUCAGAGCUAGUGGGGUGCAGCUGCCCUCGUGCCCCUGCGCCCCCUCUCCUGGUGCUGUACUGGUACCCGCCAGGCAAACGACGGAAAGGGGUGUCUCGGCGCAGGCAGGUGAGGGCCUACCUGGCAGAAAGCAGGUCUGAAGCUGAGAGGUGGUCAGCUGCUGUACAGUGUCUACUCAGAGGUGUGACCGUCACUGCUGAAACAGAAUUUUCAAGAAGUCUGCUACCUCGUCCCAGGCGACUACUGUUAUUGGUCAAUCCCUUCAGUGGGAGAGGCCAGGCAAUGCAGUGGUGUCAGACCCAUAUCCUGCCAAUGAUCAGAGAGGCCAACAUCAGCUACAACCUUAUACAGACAGAGCGUCAGAACCAUGCCAGAGAGCUUAUCAGAGAGUUAUCGCUCCAAGAAUGGGAUGGCAUCAUCAUUAUCUCUGGAGAUGGCCUGCUGCAUGAGGUAAUUAAUGGGCUGAUGGAGCGUCCUGACUGGGAACAAGCUAUAAAAACACCUGUUGGCAUUCUUCCCUGUGGCUCCGGGAAUGCACUGGCUGGCUCCAUCAACCACCAUGCAGGGUAUGACAUGUGCCUUCGGGAGCCCCUCCUUUUGAAUUGCUGCUUUUUGAUUUGUCGAGGCGGUAUUCGACCGAUGGACGUGGUCUCUGUGACAACAAGCCCUUCUCCCUCCACCAACAGUCGUAUUGCAGCACCCAGGAGACUGUUUUCUUUCCUCUCUGUUGCCUGGGGCUUUGUGUCCGAUGUGGACAUUGAGAGUGAGAGGUAUCGUGGCCUGGGCUCAGCUCGCUUCACCCUGGGUACCCUGGUGCGCAUCGCUUCUCUUCGAUCCUACAAGGGUCGUCUGUCCUACCUGCCUCCCUCUAUUAGCACCACAUCACCAGACGCCACACCUCCUCCGCCAAGGAGAUCCCUCUCCCGCAGUAUCACAGAAGGCCUGGAUGGCUUCUGUCGAACGCCCAUCCAUCGCACCUGCUCUGACAUGGGCAUCAGCGAACAGAGGAGCCUGCGUAGGGGUGAGGGAGAGAGGGAAAAAGAGGAGAGGCAGAGAGAAAGGGACAGAAGAAGGGAGAGGGCUAGGGGAGGAGGAACUGGCGUGGUGAGGGCAAGCAGCCUGGCAGAGGACAGAGAGAGAGAGGUAGAGAUGGAGGCAGAAGAGGGGAGAUCAGGGACAUGUUCAGAGAGUUCAGAAUCAAUUGAAAGGGAAGACUGCAAUAUGGGAAGGAUAGAAAGGUUGGAGGGGAUCAAGGAUGAAAGGGAAGAUGAGGGAAUUGUAGAGCAAGACUCCAGUGAGAUGGAGGAGGAGGAUAGGGGGAAGGAUGGGGAAGGCAGUGGUGGUUCUGCAGAGGGGGAGAGAGCGUUGCAUGCAAUAGAGCCGGGAGAGAGCCGUGGGGUAGACAUGGGGCGAGACACAGAUGAAGAGCCAGAGGGUUACCAAGAUGGGCUCCAGAAAGCCAGACAGGCACUGAGAAAGAAUUCAGCUCCUUCAAGCCAGAUAGCCAACGCUCUCUUCAACCAGCCUCUCAGUCGGGAGGCUGACACAGAUUCGGGCACUUCAUACGGGGUAGAGGACAUGGAUCUGAAUGGAACCUACUACCAGAAAGAACCCUACCAACUGGACGUUGCUCGUGAGCGAUCUCUCACCAUCUCCUCUCCCUUUCGUCACUCUCCCUUCUCUAACAAGCCCAAGACGUUGGACCAAAACCAGAACACCUCCCGACCGAGGCCCCUCUCUCUCCUCCAGCACUCCCACUCAAACUCCCUCCCCCCUAAACUCCCUUCCCUCUCCCUGUCUCUUUCUCCGACACCCCCAUCUUCCCCUUCAUGUGCCUCCCCACACUCUUCAUCCUACCUCGUCCCCCGUCCUAACACCCCAAAUUCCACUUCGCCCUCACCCUCUCUACGCACACCGUCCUCAUCUUUUAACUUUGACAUUGCUGAGCCAGCAGGAUCCCUGAAGAACCGUCCUUUUGUCUCACUGCCUUUAAAUAUCCCUCGGGAUGACUUGUUACCUCCCCUCGACCAACCCCUUCCCACCAGAGACUGGGUCACCAUUGAAGGGGACUUUGUCCUGGUCCUGGCCCUUUAUCAGUCUCACCUCGGGGCUGAUCUUCAUGCUGCACCCCAGGCCAGGUUUGACGAUGGGCUGAUCCACCUGACCUUUGUGCGGGCGGGGAUCUCCAGAGCCACUCUACUGAGACUGUUCUUUGCCAUGGAAAGAGGAAACCACCACUCCGUCAGCUCGCCUUAUGUGAGCCAUAUUUCCUGUAAGGCCUUCAGGCUGCAGCCUCUGUCUACACGGGGGACACUCACUGUGGAUGGAGAACUGGUGCCCUAUGGGCCUCUUCAAGCACAGGUUCAUCCUUCCAUGGCUCGUCUCAUCGUUGGUGACUCUGGAGUGAAGAUUACCAGAUUCUAAUCGGGUGGUUGAGCUGAUUGACAGAUACAGCACUCUACUGAAUUAUGUAAUCUCUGCUGUCAUCUAUACUCUGAAAGAGUGUGGAGUAUUAGAGAGACUUAAAAUAGCCUGGAUAGCAGAAACUGCUUUUCUGGGGUUUAAUGAAAGGGAUAACCAACCAAGCCACGCAUCAUUGGAGCAUGACUGCAGGGAUUAAUAGCAAAUUUAAAAAUGGAUGAAAAAUGCGCCUCAUUGCACAGUUGUUGGAUUACGCUCAGCGUGAGAAGCAUGAAAACUGCACAGCCUGGGAUAGUAAGAGGGAAGAACAAUCAAAUGUUUAUGGAGUUUUUUUGUGUGCAGGUGCAUGUGUUGGAUGUAUACAUAGAGGUAUGCAUGCAGAGAAGCACUACCUGUAUUUUGCCUUUUAAUGAGAGAAAGGAAUCAGAUAAAAAAUCAGAGAAGAUUCUUAAACAUGAAAUGCUAUAAAAUUGAGAUUGAGAUUCGCUUGGCCCCAACGCUUUAUCUUUAACCUGCUCUCUAUGUCCAAAUGUUUUUACUUUAAAAACUUCCGUCCAUGAAAAGAAUGCCUUAUCUGACACUGGACAGUACAGUUGUACCUUUGCCCUUACUUGUUCUUACUUAUAUAAGAAACCCAAAUAUUUUCAAUCUCUGUCCACCUAUCAUAGUGUCCGUCCACUACAUCAAAACAACGCUUAUAUACUUAGACAUACUGGUAGACUCACCUACCUACUGUUAUCUUUGAGCACACUGCUCUCCACUGUUUAAAGCAUCGGUCGAGAAAAAUGUGGACACUUUAAUGACCAUUUUGUUCAUGCAAGUGACUCAAUGUAGUGCAGCAAGAUUAGCUUGUCAGGGUCAUUACAUAGUAGGAGCAAUGGAACCGUUGAACGGUGACAAUUACUGACAUUUUUACUUAAUCUGCCUGUUUUUCUUAGCCAGUGGAUGCACGAUUAUGAUGUCAAUGAUAUCACACUUUGCAACAUAUUGAACAUAAAAAUGUCUGAACAAAGCAAGCUUCUUUGUCAGUGGUAUAGUAAUUAGUGCAUUUUGUACAAUAACUAGAGUUGAAGCAACACAGAAAAUCACAACACUAGAAUCUAACUAACUUUAGAUACAUCUACAGCAUAAUGCAGAAUCUGAUGCUUUGUUCUAGAAAUUGGUGCGCUAGUAUUAAUAGCCUAGUCCAUAUACUAUAAUAAAUGGAUCACAUUACAUUCCUAGCCUGCAAUUAAUUAAAUGUCUGCAUUUAAACACUCAAAUCUUUUGAAAGGUAGGAGUGACUGACCAGGGCACAACAUUAAAAUCCAGAAGCUCUGUGUUAUCACAUCAGACUUUUGAUCAAGAGAUAAAUCAGAUGGAGGUAAAACAACUUUCAUUGUGAGCUGAUCUGGUGAAAUAAGUGAUAGAUUGGGUUUUACAUUUAAUUCUUGAGGCCCCUUCUUGGAAUUGUCAUGUCUUAUGAAUUAAUCUUUUAAAUGUUAUAAUAAAACCUGCUGAUAUACUUGGUCUGGAUAAAGGAUAAAUCAUUAGCAUGUGCAGUGUAUCAAUCAGUAAGAUCAUGUGACGACUGUUGGGUCAUCAUCAACAUACUGUGUGUUUUGGUCAUGCCUGGACAAAUCUAGGCCUUUGUAUAAUAAGCCUGUACAUUCUGGCUGUUGAUCAUAAACUGUUAAAACCUGACUGUAGAAAAUGGAGUAGAACUCUUUGCUUACCAGGCCUUUUUUUUUUUUUUUUUCUUCCUUUGAGCGCACAGUGCAGCUAGUCUACCACAACUACACUGUGCUUACACAGAAUGUGAAUACAACAUUUUGAGUCAGGACUUGUAACAGUACCAAAUAGAAGAAUCUAUAUACACUUUGAAUGGAGUUUUUGCCAAAAUGCUUACUCUCGAUGUUUAAGAGACUAGUUUUACUUACUAAACAUUUCGUUGUCUAUGGCCAUAGCUCCGACCAUGGUGUUGUAGACCAAUUUGAUAUGACAAUAUCGGGGUAUAACCCUUCAAUUGAUAAUGCCAUUAAGAUGUCUGUAGUGGACUGCCUGUGAUGAAAUUGUAAUUAUGACUAAAACCAUAUGAAUAAAUGAAACAUAUCUAUAUACA